GGUCUGUCCUGUCGUUUCAGUUGGGCCACGUGGUCCUCUCCCCAGUCUGGUUCCUGUACAGCCUGCUCAUGAAGCUGUUCCAGCGUUCCACCCCGGCCAUCACUCUCGAGAACCCGGACGUCAAGUACCCACUGCGGCUUAUUGACAAGGAGGUCAUCAGCCAUGACACCCGGCGGUUCCGCUUCGCCCUGCCAUCACCCCAGCACAUCCUGGGCCUCCCCGUCGGCCAGCACAUCUACCUCUCGGCUCGGAUCGACGGGAACCUGGUCAUUCGGCCCUACACGCCCGUCUCCAGCGAUGAUGACAAGGGCUUUGUGGACCUGGUCAUCAAGGUUUACUUCAAAGACACCCACCCCAAGUUUCCUGCUGGAGGGAAGAUGUCCCAGUACCUGGAAAACAUGAAGAUUGGAGACACCAUUGAGUUCCGGGGCCCAAAUGGGCUGCUGGUCUACCAGGGAAAAGGAAAGUUUGCUAUCCGUCCAGACAAGAAAUCCAACCCCGUCAUCAAGACAGUGAAGUGUGUGGGCAUGAUCGCAGGAGGAACGGGCAUUACCCCGAUGCUGCAGGUGAUCCGCGCCAUCAUGAAGGACCCAGACGACCGCACAGUGUGUCACCUACUCUUUGCCAACCAGACCGAGAAGGACAUCCUGCUGCGGCCUGAGCUGGAGGAACUGAGGAACGAACAUUCUGCGCGCUUCAAGCUCUGGUACACAGUGGACAGAGCCCCUGAAGCCUGGGACUACAGCCAGGGCUUCGUGAAUGAGGAGAUGAUCCGGGACCACCUCCCACCCCCAGAGGAGGAGCCGCUGGUGCUGAUGUGUGGACCCCCGCCCAUGAUCCAGUAUGCCUGCCUGCCCAACCUGGAACGCGUGGGCCACCCCAAGGAGCGCUGCUUCACCUUCUGAUGGCCGGGCCACCCGCCCGCCCGCGCUCCCUGUGCCCUGCCCGCACCUGGCCCUCCUGCGUGGUUCCUUAACGUCACUC